AUGGCGGCCGGCGACCUCAUCAACUUCGACGAGCUCGAACCACACAAGGAGAAUGUCCAGAGGGUGCAACGUGGACGCUCCGCGAAAGCUCUAGCCUCCAUUCUUUCGCCUAAGUCUGCCGAUGGCCAGCUGAAAGUCAUUCCCUCCGACCAGGAAAAGUUCAACAACGUCAAGCGGCAAGAAUUCGAGAAGGAACUCGAGGCCAUCGACGAAUCCGACGACCCACUCGAUACAUACGACCGCUAUGUCAAGUGGACUCUCGAGACAUACCCUCAACCUACUUCCUCCCAGUCGCAACUGCUGCCGCUCCUCGAAACGGCAACCAAGGCCUUCCUCAAGUCUCCACACUACAAGGAUGACCCGCGUUAUCUGAAGCUGUGGCUUCACUACAUCAAACUCUUUUCAGACGAGCCGCGUCAGAAUUUUGCUUUCCUUGCGCGCAACAAUAUCGGCGAAAGCCUUGCGCUCUUCUACGAAGAGUUUGCUGCCUACCUUGAGACACAGAACCGAUGGAACCAGGCGGAAGAAGUAUACUCAUUGGGUGUGGACAAGCAGGCGCGACCCGCUGAGCGUCUGCUGCGCAAGUACGGCGAGUUCCAGCAAAGAAUGGAAGCCCGCCCAGAGGAUGCCAAUGGACCAUCCAGCCCCGCACUUCCCGUGGUGAGGGCUGUUUUGGCCCAGAAGGUGGACCCGUUCGCAGCAUCCGGUUCUGGUCCAGUUGAUCCGCAGGCCGGUAGGGCAUCAGGUGCCGCACCCAAGGCGAAGUCCGGCAAGGCCAAAAUGGCCAUAUUUUCUGAUGCGGAACAACCCAAGCAGUCAGUUUUGGGAGGCCCUAGUAGGAAGAACGAAACCAUGCAGUCGAUGGCAGACCGCAAGAAGGAGAACAAACAAGAGGCACAAUCAUGGGCAGGACAGAAACUGAACGGAGGGAAGAGAAACGUUGGUGUGGAGAAGCUGAUGAUUUUCAAGGACAAGUCCCAAUUACUAUCGCAAGCCUCAGAGAAGAAUGCUCUACGUGAUUCCCAACAAACCAUUAACCCGAAAACCGGCAAUAUUGAGCGGGUCUUCGUGAACCUGGAGGCAGUAUAUCCCAAUCCAGAUGAUCUAACUGUUGAAGAGUACUGUUUUGAAGAGCUCAGGGCAGCUCAUCGCGGUUGGAUGAGCUGCGAUUGGGCAGCGGUCAAUAGGGAAGCGGCAGCGAAGAAACAGCAACAAGAACGACCAAAGAAGGAAGAGAGGAAAGUCUUGAAGCCGAAGGAUAACCAGCAGACAGAGCCGCCCGCGACACUUACAAAGGAUCUUAAGAAGCCGACUGUUGUACCGCUGAAUGAUGCCAAUGAUGAAAAUGCACCACCAUCGCAAGAGGAAAUUCAACGCGCGAAGAUGUUGAAGAAACAACGCAAGGAAGCGCGUGAAAAUAGAACCAGAAAGAUCAAGGUCAUGGAAGUCGAGGUUCGCGACCAGACGCAGACCAUCCAAACGAACUUGGGGACCCCAACGAAGCCUAAGAUCAAAAAGAAGAAGGGUGGUGCCGAACCGACAAUGACUUUUCACACGAAGGAGGCCAUGGAUGAAAUCUAUGGCAUCUUCAACGCACCUCUGAAAUCCCAACAAGAAGUCGCAGAGGAUGAUGAAAGCGAAGAAGACAGCGACGAUGACGAGGACGAUGACGAUGAUGGGUACACGACCGGUGGUGAGAGCACCUGCACUGGUAGGUUUUCUGGAACGAACAGUGAAUACGGCGACGAAACCACUCAAGGUGAUCUCACGGAGGUGAGGAGUAGUGUGGACGAGGAUACAACAAGUGCAAGCGGUGCGAGCGAAUGGUCAGAAUUCAUCGAGAGUAGACACGUCCCAAAGGAUGAGUCAACCAGCGAGGAAGAUGACGAGGAAGACGACGAGAAUGCGGAGAAGACAGUCAAGUCGACUUUCAAGGUACACGAGGACGAGGGUUAUGGGGGUUCGCAGGAGCCCGAGCUGGUGACGACCCCAACAUCUCCAGCAUUUAAGCCGUUGCCAACACGAUACGUGCCACUUCCACCGGAAGAUGUUGAGGUUCCCACUCGGCCAUAUCGCGACCAGGUGCAGAUGGCGAACAAUCGUCUGCCGUUCAUGACGCCAAUCGUUGAGAAGACCGAAUCAUCCCUUGGUGCAGCAACAGUGUUAGCUGAGCAGCAGAAGGACUACUUCAAUGCGAAGACGCCUAGCCGACACACUGGCGGUAAGACGCCGGUGAUUCUAGAGGAUGACGAUGAGCCUUUAAGCAGCCCGUUCCAGAAUAUUCUGGAGGAGGUGAUGAAGGAGAAUGGCGGGAAGGUUCCUCAACCUGCCUUACCAAAACCGCAACAAAAGGCAAAGGUUCCCCUGGGCGUUUCCAAAGCAAGCGCUGCAUUGGCCAAGGCAACUGAGGGCGAUGUCAAGCCCAAAGGGCCCAUCGUCCACGAUACGCAGUGCAACCCAGUUGAUGAGCACAUCCGACAGACGAUCUUGGAAAACGCCUAUCCUCCAAUUACAUCCUACGACGGCUAUCACACUGCUGAUCAAUCUUAUGGCAAACAUGCGGAGAUCAAAAAGUACACAAAGGCAGUCUCCAAAGCAGGCAAAAACGGGGCCGAAAAGACGGCUGGCUUGGGUUCUCCACUUUCCUUGAAGUUUGAGAACGCGAACAGAGAGUACAUCAUCAAGCGGCAGUUGGGUGAAGGGGCUUUCGCGCCCGUCUACCUAGCGGAAAGCAAGCCUCUAGAUGAGGAUGAUGCGGAGAAUGCUCCUGCGCAGAUGGGCAAAGGUGCGUUUGGACUUGCGCGCAAGCCGUUCGAAGCGAUAAAAAUGGAGGAUCCGCCAUCGGCAUGGGAGUUUUACAUGCUGCGACAGGCGCAUAGGCGACUGGGCGUGUCACGGGCGGCCCAAUCUAUUAUCCACGCUUACGAGAUGCGCAUGUUCAGCGACGAGUGUUACCUGGUACUCGAGUAUCGGGAUCAGGGCACGCUGCUGGACCUUGUCAACGUAGCACGAGCUGAGGUGACUAGCGGUGGGCCAGGUGUCAUGGACGAACAGCUAGCCAUGUUCUUUAGCGUCGAGCUGCUGCGCACUGUCGAGGCACUGCACUCCAAGGGCGUCAUUCACGGCGACCUCAAGGCCGACAAUGUUCUGGUACGCUUCGACAACGAGGAACACGGCUGGAGCGCGCAGUACCGACGCGACGGCGGCGAGGGGUGGAGUGCAAAGGGCAUUUCACUAAUCGAUCUUGGCCGGGGCAUCGACCUGCGCGCCUUCCGGCCCGACGUGCAGUUCGUGGCCGACUGGAAGACGAGCGAAGCCGACUGCGCCGAGAUGCGCGAAAUGCGACCGUGGACCUUCCAGGUCGACUAUCACGGGCUCGCAGCCAUCAUUCACAGCUUGCUGUUCGGAAAGUAUAUGGAGACGGUGGCUGAGCGCGGCGGUGCCGCACUGGGCGCCGGCGCCACCAAGACGUACCGCGUGCGCGAGGGCCUUAAGCGGUAUUGGCAGACGGACAUCUGGACCGAGUGUUUCGGCCUCCUCCUCAACCCGUUGCGCCACCUCGAGGGUGAAGAGGGCACGCGCAUGCCCGUGCUCAAGGGCAUGCGGCGCGUGCGCGAACGCAUGGAGGAUUACCUCGAGCAGAAUUGCGAGAGGGGCGUGGGCUUGAAGGCACUGGUUCGGAGGAUGGAGGAGAGGGUGACAGCACGGAAAGGAAGGACAGGGUGAUUGUUAAAGGGGGGGCGAGGAUAACGGGCUUGCGCUGGCAUUUUUUUGCUUUGUUGCUUUGGUUUACAAAUACUUGAUUGGGGCACAGGGCUGGGUCCGGGUUGGCAUGGCGUUUGAUAGGAUCAGUAGAGGCAGGAACAAGCGUGGAUUCCUUGAUUUGACGAGAGAAGGCUGAGAAAUCUCGGGUAUUCGGGGGGGUCGUGGGGAUCUUCACGACGCGAGACCCUGUCGGAGAGUCGGAAGCAGCCGCUGGACAAGAGAGGUGGAGCACGGUGACGACGAAAUGGUCUGCUUUCCCACCCCGGGGGAUGCGACGGGGCCAGGUGUGAUGGGCCACGUGGAACAUGCGAUAGAUGUGUAAUAUUGUGGUAG